GGAGCCCGCCCUACCCUACUCCAGGCCAAGAUGAUUCUCCGAUUCAUUGCACUUGCUCUGGUAACAGGGCACGUAGGGGGAGAGACGAGGAUCAUCAAGGGCUAUGAGUGCAGGCCUCACUCCCAGCCGUGGCAGGUGGCCCUCUUUCAGAAGACACGGCUUCUCUGUGGGGCAACCCUCAUCGCCCCCAAAUGGCUCCUGACAGCAGCCCACUGCCGCAAGCCCCAUUACAUAAUCCUCCUUGGGGAGCACAAUCUGGAGAAGGCAGACGGCUGUGAGCAGAGGCGGAUGGCCACCGAGUCCUUCCCCCACCCCGGCUUCAACAACAGCCUCCCCAACAAAGACCAUCGGAAUGACAUCAUGCUUGUGAAGAUGUCGUCUCCCGCCUUCAUUACCCGAGCUGUGCAACCACUCACCCUGUCCUCGCACUGCGUCACUGCAGGCACCAGCUGCCUCAUUUCCGGAUGGGGCACCACGUCCAGCCCCCAGUUGCACCUGCCUCACUCCUUGCGAUGUGCCAAUGUCUCCAUCAUCGGACACAAGGAGUGUGAGAAGGCCUACCCGGGCAACAUCACAGACACCAUGCUGUGCGCCAGUGUUCGGAAAGAGGGCAAGGACUCCUGCCAGGGUGACUCAGGAGGCCCUCUGGUCUGUAACGGAUCUCUUCAAGGUAUCAUCUCCUGGGGUCAGGACCCGUGUGCGGUCACCAGAAAGCCUGGUGUCUAUACAAAAGUCUGCAAAUACUUUGAGUGGAUCCACGAAGUUAUGAGAAACAAUUAG